AUGAGUGGACCAGUCGAAGGCGAAGCGGUUGCAUCGCCAGCUGUGCCCGCGCAAGCACCAAACGACCCAACAGCACCAGCAAAGACUGAUGCGAAGGAUGCGAAGCCCGAGGGAGAUGGCGCCUCAAAGAAAAUGUCAGGUGCAGAAUUGAAGAAAUUAAAGCAGGCCGAGAAGCAAGCAAAAAGAGCGCAAGCAAAGGCAGUUGGACCAGCGACAGUGCAGCAGGGCGGUAUCCCAAAGGAGAACCAGAAGCAGAAAGAGCAGAAGCAGUCUCAGAAGAAAGAUGAAUCAAGACCUUUGCCCAUUCGAAGGAGACCAUCACAGUCCAAUGCCGUGCCGCAGCAGCAGGCGAGAAAGGAGUCGAAGCGAGACCAGAAGCAACUCGGACUCUUCUUUGGCCAUCUGUACAGCCAGCCGAGACAGCACUCCAUGGUGGGGGCUUCAAAAGACGUCCACCCCGCUGUUCUUGCCCUUGGUCUGCAAUAUAGCAGCUACGUGAUCUGUGGUAGUACUGCUCGGAUGGUUGCUAUGCUUCUAGCCUUCAAGGCAGUUAUCGAGUCCUACCAGACGCCCGUAGGUACCAGUCUGGCGCGGCAUCUUACCAACCACCAUCUCAGCCCACAGAUCGACUAUUUGAGAGGCUGUCGACCGCUGAGCAUCAGCAUGGGCAACGCCAUUCGAUGGCUGAAAGACCUUAUCAUCAAGAUCGACCCCUCCACCCCCGAAGCAGAAGCCAAGCGCGACCUCGUCGAGGAAAUCGACAUGUUCAUCCGCGAGCGUGUCACCGCCGCCCAAAAGCUAAUCCGUGACCAAGCCGCCACCAAGAUCCUCCCCGGCGACGUGAUCCUCACCUACGCCUCCUCCUCCAUUGUCGAGCAGACCAUCCUCCAAGCGCACAAAGCCGGCGUUCCCUUCACUGUCAUCGUCGUCGACUCAAAGCCGCUCUUUGAAGGCAAGACGCUGGCGCGCAAGCUGGCUAACCAAGGCAUCAACGUCCGCUACUACCUCAUCACGGGUGCUUCCCAUGCAGUCAAGGGCGCAUCGAAGGUAUUUCUGGGCGCACAUGCUAUGAUGUCUAACGGCCGGCUCUACUCGCGUGUCGGUACCGCCCUCGUUUCUAUGCUCGCCCGCUCGCACUCCCUCCCCGUAAUCGUACUCUGCGAGUCCGUAAAAUUCACCGAGAAAGUCGCCCUCGACUCCAUCGUCGGCAACGAAGUCGCUCCCGCAGACGAGAUCCUUUCCGAAGCUGAGCGUGCCUCUCUACUUCCUCUGGAACCCCAUCUCCCGACCACGCACCCCUCCAAGAACAAGAACGACGAUAAGUCCGCUACUGAGGAUACCAAGUCCGGACCGCUGGAUGUACUGAAGUGGGUUGAAGGCUCCGAGAACUUGCACCACCUACAGGUUCUGUACGAUGUCACGCCCGCGGAGUACAUCAACAUGGUCAUCACAGAGUACGGGAGCUUGCCGCCGAGUUCGGUCCCCGUUGUUCAUCGGCUGAGUACGAAUACCUAA